AUGACAAUAUUCUAUCUGCUUUCCCUACUCCUAUGCUUACAUGCUACAUCAACAUUCUCCAUACAUACCCCUCGGAAAAUAUCCGAAGCCGUACCGGAGUACUCAACGAGAAGGCAGUUGGACACGGAACAAUGUGCAACUGGUAAUCCUAUAGAUGAUUGCUGGAGGUGUGACCCUGAAUGGGAGUCCAACAGGAAAAAGCUGGCCGACUGCGCAGUUGGGUUCGGUAAAGAUGCCAUCGGGGGCCGGGAUGGUGAAAUUUAUGUGGUCACGGAUCCGGGUGACGGUGAUCCGAUAUCUCCGACUCCAGGUACGCUGCGUCAUGCGGCGAUUCAACCUGAACCUCUAUGGAUCAUCUUUGAUCAUGACAUGGUCAUAAGCCUAAGAGCACAACUCCUCAUCAACUCAUACAAGACCGUCGAUGGAAGAGGACACGAUAUCGAAAUAACAAACGGACCGUGCAUGACCUUACGCAAUGUGAGUAACGUAAUCAUACAUAACAUCUACAUACAUGACUGCUUACCUUCGGGGGAUGCGAUGGUGUGGAACCCGUUACCCCAAUACGCAAUAAGCGGUGGAUCUGACGGCGAUGCAAUCUCGAUAUUCGGCUCAAGGGAUGUCUGGAUCGAUCACUGCACACUAGCAAAGUGUUACGACGGGCUUAUCGACGCAACGUACGGUUCGACGUCCAUAACAAUCUCGAACAACUAUAUGCUACAUCACAACGAAGUCAUGCUCAUGGGGCAUAGUGAUGAGUUCCUUGAUGACAAGAACAUGCAAGUAACAAUUGCGUUCAACUACUUUGGGGAAGGCCUGGUUCAGAGAAUGCCGAGGUGCAGGCAUGGUUACUUUCAUAUCGUCAACAAUGUCUAUGUCGGUUGGGAAAUGUAUGCGAUCGGAGGAAGCGCGAACCCGACGAUCAAUAGCGAAGGGAAUGUGUUCAUAGCAUCAGAUAACAAUUAUGCAAAGGAGGUGACGAAACGCGAAAGCUCGUUCGACGAGUGGAGCAAUUGGAACUGGAGAUCGGAAGGAGAUAUGAUGGCGAAUGGUGCUUUUUUUACGCCAUCUGGAGAAGAAGGUCCAGAAAGCUACAUAAGAGCAUCAAGCAUGGUGGCUAGACCAACUUCACUUAUAACAAAGACGGCCCAGUAUGCUGGCAUUCUAAGCUGCCGCAAAGGCUACGGCUGCUAGUUUCUUGCCAACCAAGUUUCCGUUUUCCUACGAAUUUUCAUUGUCACGCCCGUAACAGUUUUUACGCGUUAGAUAUCGUUGUAACAUCCGCAACUACAACUGUAAUUUAGUAUUAUCAAUGGAUAUUAUCUUGCCAUUAGUACUUUUAA